AAGAAAAGAGAGACCUGUUUUGUUGAUGAAAGGUUUGAGAGUGAGCCAUGGAUGUUUCACGGUGGAUUCUGGAGUUUCUUAUUCGAAGCCCUGACAACGAUAGGUUAGCCAAGAGAGCCCUCUCGGUUAUGCCCAUUCCCAACCACGACUUGCGCUUGAAGAAGAUUGUGCUCCUUCGGACCAUCGAGUGCGAGGUUUCCGACGCAUUGGUCACCGAAUCCAUUCUCCAAAAUCUGGAAUUGGUGGAGGAGUUGGAUUCCAGGCACGAAGAAGGCGCGGCCAUCGCCAUGGUGGACUCUAUGAAAGCUGCUUAUUGUGCCGUGGCUUUGGAGUGUACGGUGAAGUUUUUGGUGAGCGGUGGGGGAAAGCCUGGUGAGAAAUAUUUGAACGCGCUGGACCGGAUUUGGAGAGGGAGGGUCCGUCAAUUGGAGAAUUCUGGGAAGAGUAAUUUGCUAACGGUGGAUUUGAAGAGGUGUUGGGAUGAGGUUGAGAAGGCCAUUUGGGACGAUGGUGUGUGUAAGAAACUUUUGGGUAUGAAUACUCGGAAUGAGGCUGUGAGAUUGGUUUUGGAGUACUUGAAAGAGGCUUGGACGUUAAUGGGUCCUUCGUUUGUGGAGUGGGCAGCAAAAUUGACCGCCGAGCAGAGAGGUCUGGUGCGUUCCGGAGAUGGUGGGGUUGGGAGUAGAGUGGUGGAGAGUUCGGAGAAUGAACCGGAAGUGGGUAACGAAGAAGUGGAUAGGGUGGCCGAAAUGCGUGAACCGGUGGCUGCGAAGUUGGCCAGUCCUGGUGGAAGGUUGAGUGUGAGCGGUAUGCUUGAAUUGGCAAACGAACUCAGGGCCCAGAAAGAUGUGAGAGAACCGGGUAAUGAUCAGGUUUGCGAUAAAGAUGUAGAUUUUGCUGUCACUUUGCCUGAUUUUAGACCUUCCACCGUUGUUAAAGAAAUUCAGAGGGAAAAGGUGGUGACCAGAAACAAGCAAGUUGCUUUCAACAAGAGACGCAGAGGACCUGUCAGGAUUAGUGAAGUUGAAGAUUUACAUACAAAUGAAUCCGAAAAGUGUAAUUCCAUCCCGACCCCUGAAGUUAAUAGAGUACGAGAAACACUUAAAUCUAGUACUCAGGAAUUACGAGCGCUCGUGAAAGACCCACUUCCGGAGGCAUUACGAGCAGCUGAAGCUGUAGCUUCUGACUUGGCAACAAAGAAUGUGGGCCAUGAGCACCCUGUAGAAAGCCAGAAAGAAACAGAAGCAAGUGCAGCAACAAAUCCAUCUGUUGAACAAAGCACCAAACAUGUUCAAUCUAGUGAUGCUAAUCUCAGUAAGCCAUCGUGCAGUCAUCAGGAUAAUGUUCCUCAACCCAGCUUGAUGGCUCGCAAUAGCACUGCCCACACAUACGAGUGGGAUGAUUCGAUUGAUGAUGACUCUAAUACACCGGUGAAAAGGAGCAAACUUCACCUACCUAGCCCAAAGAUAAAGGUUGUUUCUCCACUAAAGAAGUAUGCUCCUACAAAAUUUUUAAAGAGAAGAAAAGUUAAGAGGUGGUCACUGCUGGAGGAAGACACUCUAAGGGAUGGCGUGAAUAAGUACGGUAGGGGAAAUUGGAAGCUUAUCCUUAAUAGCUACCGUGAUAUAUUCGAGGAGAGAACAGAGGUAGAUUUGAAGGACAAAUGGAGAAAUAUGACUCGAUAAUGACACAACAUUGACAGUCUUGGCAACAGAGGAUUUGACUAGCACAUCUACAAUCUAACCUCCUUUUCACUCUUUUAAAUUUGAUAUGGCCAUGGUGUUGACACUCCCGAACAGGCUUGAGAAGAGGUUUCUCUUGUAUAGUUAGUUUUGUUUUGGGGUUCAACAAACACUUUCUAAUUCUUAUAUAUGAUUGUACUAUGUGAACCCUAUACAGAUACAGUCAGCUAGUUAGUAUAUGUAGUUGUAUUUUAUUCUUCGGAUGUACCUCUUUAGGUUUAACUUCCAUGUCAGCAGCAGCAGCCUCAUAUAAUGAAUCAUGGUUGAAUGGAAACUGAUUGUUA